AGUAUAAAUGAAAAAUUUAAAAUGCUAGAUUAGCAGCUAACUCUCUAAAUUCAUUGUAUAAUGUCCCUGAGUAACUGUAGGUCCCGAUCAAAAUCGGGAUGUUGUCGAUUGGCUCCCGCAGUUUACUGCAAGAAGCUAGGUGGUGGUAAACGAAAACGCAGCAGAAGUAGGAAGAGGAGAGGAAGACGGCGGUCUGGUAAACGUCGGAAGUCCCGCCGCAGCCGCAGGAGAAAACGUGGAAGAACGCGCAAGAGAACGCGCGGAAAGAAAAGGAAAGGUCGUUCCAAAAAGAAAAGAUGUGCCCGACCAGGACCAAAAACCGCUAACCCAUUCUUGAACUAUCUGAGAGUAUUCCGAAGGAAACACUGUGGCUGGCCGGCAUGCAAAAUCGCGAUAGAAGGAGCAAAAUGUUGGUGCAAAAUGAACGAAAUGGAGAGGAGGAAAUUCUACAGGGAGGCUUGUGCCCAUAGAAAAGGUAAAGGAAAAGGAAAAGGAAAAGCACGGAAGGGUAGAGGCAAGCGGAGGAGAAAAGGAAGAAAGAGGAAGCGUAAGGGUAGAAGUAGAAAGAGAGGACGAAGUAAAAAACGUAGAAAGCGAGGAAAGACAAGAGGUAAACGAAAGGGAAGAGGGAAGUGUCCUUUGUAA